ACCGGGCGGGCCGGAAUGACGUCUCACGGCGCGCGCAAGAAAAGCGACAUCACGCGAGCCGACGGGCGGACGGCUCCCGUGUCAGAUCGUCGGCGGGAUGACGUCAUGGGGUAUUUAAAGCGCGCGUGCGGGUGGCCACGUGACAGAGGCGGUCGCAGCUGCUGCUGGCGGCUGAGCUUGGAGCAAUAUUUUGGGGCAGCAAUGGGUCGUCGUCCCGGGAGGCCACUCCCGCCGGCCCUGAACCUGGCCGCACUCUUGCUGCUGCUGCUCACGGGGGAGCCCCGCAGCCUCGCGGAGGCCCAGCGGGCCCCGUGUAACGCGAGCGCGACCCCCCCGGGUGGGUUGUUCAGCUUCUGCCCGCUCUCGAUGGACGGGCGUCCCGUGCCCCUCGAGCGGUACCGGGGCCGCACCACCCUCGUCGUCAACGUGGCCACCUUCUGAGGGCUCACGAGGACGCAGUACCCCCUCCUAAAUGCACUGAUGGAGGAAUUCUCACAGCACGGCCUGGUCAUCCUGGGCUUCCCAUGUAACCAGUUUGGCCUGCAGGAGCCUGGGACGGACGCUGCUGAGAUUUUGAACGGCUUGCGCUAUGUGCGCCCUGGCGGCGGGUUCGUGCCCAACUUCCCCCUGUUCAAGAGGAUUGACGUGAACGGAGACUCCGAGGCCCCACUCUACACGUUUCUCAAGGCGUCCUGCCCAGCCCCUGUCGAAAGAUUUGAAAAGAUGAAAUCUCUCUUCUACGAGCCACUCAAGUCCAGCGACCUGCGGUGGAACUUUGACAAGUUUCUCGUGGACGCUCAGGGACGGCCCUAUAUGCGGUAUGAUCGCCUGGCACCGUUUGAACUCGUCAGGGGUGACCUCGUGCAGCUGCUGAGAUCGCAGACGAGCCGAACGAAUCGCGUCACGACCCGCGCCCAGGCCUACACCUAUGCCUUCAGACGCCGCCAGUAGCCGCAGUGCUUUGUGUAGCUCCUUUCUGUCGCUUGUGUGUGGCUUGCGUAAGUAAGUUUAUUUUCGGAUAAAAAAACAAUUAUACCUUUGUUGCAUUGAGAUUAGUAACGUUUUGCCAGAAUUUAAAAUGCCUGCUAAAAAUUUAUCAUAUACAUUUUAGAAACUAGAAACUGAAAAGUGCCAAUAUAAAUUGUUUUUGCAUUUUACAUAUUGUGAACUUAAGGAUAAACAAGUAAAAUGUAAGCUAGUUUGUCAUGUGCAAUCUACAUAAUUUGGAUAAACCUCAAAUUAACUCCAAUGUAAAAAAAAAGUGCACGUUAGGUACAGUAUUGUUAUAUUGUUAACACCAGUGCUGCUUUGCAGGCAUUAAACUCUGGGUAGCACAAUUGGGCAUUGUCAAUAUUUAGCACCGGCAACCUCAUUUCGCGAUGCACGACUCAUCUGCAAGCAUGGCCCUGUGCGUGUCCUUUAAAGCCACGGAGGCGUUUGGGCCUUUGUUACACACCAAACACUGAUCACGUAAGAAUAAGUCGUUCAAAUGUUGGCCACUUCCUCCGAGAGCAAGGGAUUGUGACGGGUGCUUGGGAAAGGCUAUGGCCACCGAGCCACCCUGAGUUGCGGAGGCGUUAGGGGGUACUGGCUCGCUUGGCAUUGUGCAUUUUGCCAAACGGACCGAACCCCACCACCUCUGCCCUUGCUCUCGGCACUCCCACUGUGCAGGUGUUGAGAUACUGCUACUGCACAUGAACAGGGCCAGCGUGCAGAGGUGUGUGCACGUGUUCAGGGUUGCCGCCUUCCAGAUUUACCUGUUGUAUUGUAUGCCAUGUUCUCUGCUUGUGAUUCGUAAUAAAGCAUCAUUCUGCUGUUG